CGCGUCUCUCCCUAUUUUGGGGUUCUUGAGAAUUGAGAAGCUACCGGCGACAUUUCUAUUCCAUCAAUCUCGAUUGCUCUCUCUCAAAGACUCCUGUAUCAGGAUCUUGGGGCUCCCUUUGCGCCUAGAUUUCAGAUUCAAGCAGUCAAUCUAACAACAGAUUUGCAGAGAACGUUUCACAUUCGGUCGGAUAGUUCCAUCGAUCAAAAAGGGUAUCAUCAGAUCAGAUAAAAAAGGAAUCGAAGGGAAGAUAUGUCUAAGAACGAAGAGCCGGUCGUCGGGAUCCCUUAUUCAGUCAACUACAAGUACGAAGGCCCAGUGGUCCAGCAGCAGCAGCACCAACAAUACCAACAAUACCAACAAUACCAACAAUAUUAUGUGGGACAAAACCCAUAUCAGGCUGGAGCCAUCCCUCCCAACGCCAUUUUCAUGGAUCCACAAGGAUUGCCCUUGCAGCAGACCAUGUAUAGAGAUACCCCCGCACCCUUCAGCUGCCCUCAUUGUGGUAGUUCUGGCAUCACCAGCGUCAGAUCAAAACCCAGUCUGGCAGCUGUUGUGGGUUGCAUGAUGCCAUUUAUGCUCGGUGUCUGCUUCCUCUGCCCUUCAAUGGACUGCCUCUGGCAUAAAUAUCACUAUUGCCCUAGCUGUAAUGAAAAGGUCGCCGACUUCGAGAAAUCGGAUCCAUGCCUGGUGGUAGAUCCUCAACAGUGGAAUCAACAGAGCUUUGCUUUGCCAGCUUAAUGAUUCCUUCUUUCUUCACUGUUUAUGCUUGUGAUAUUUUGCAUCCGUGUGUAUGAGAACUUCUUUUCCCCUUAUUUGAGGGUUGUAAAUAAUCCAUGAGACUAGGCUGGAGGAAUUAUAUAUACUGGUAGAAUGUGUAGUUGAUUAUGACAGUGGGAAUCAUUUUGAUCGGACCAAUUUAAAAAGGGUAUGCAGUUGGGGGCCUUUGGGCCUCUAUCUUUUCCCUUAUUUUUAUCAUUAUGAUUAUAAUUGAUUCACAACAAA